GUCUCCGGGACCGGGUCGGGCGGUGACGGUCUCUGUGCCCCUCCGGGGGCGGCUGCGGCCCCCCCCCCCUUGCUGGCCGCCGAGCGCAGAGCCCGGUCCCGGGGGCGCUGGAUGUGUCGGUCCGUGGCCGUCCCGGGGGAGCCGUGGCCGUGCCGUGCCGCCAGCUAUGAUUCCCCGCUGACAGGUACAGCCUCGGCCGGCCUCCCGCUCUCCUCCCCCCCUUAACUCCCGUUUCAGCCCCGUUUCCCCGAGCUCUGCCCUCGCCCGGUCCCCGGGCAGCGCUGUAUCCCCUGGGGAGAGGUGGAGCAGCCCCGCACUCGGGCCAGCGGGGCAGGUGUGAUGGGACUCCCGAUCGGUCCCCCCCGAGGUCACUGGUCCCUCCCUCUUCCCGUGCCGGCGCUUCCGCCUGUGCCUGAGCUGCCGCGGGCACGCUGAGGAGGCGGUGGGACGCAGCGAUGCUGCCCAGGCUGAGUGGCAUCGACUGCAGCCGAGGAUGGUUCCGCCGCUACCUGUGGAGAGGCCCAAGUAGGAGCCGGGCCAUGGGGGCCACGCCGGGGCCGGCACCUCCCCGCUGCCCUCCGUAGCCUGACAGCAGCCGGCGGCCACUCUCAGGGCCACCAUGGAGCGGCCCCCGCGUGUGCCCAGGCCCCGCUGGCUCCUGGGCUGCUUCGGGCGGAAGCCACAGGCCGUGCGGGGGGAGACGCUGCCGGAGCCGGAGCCAGAGCCGGAGGAAGCUGAGGAGACGCGCGUGGUGCUGCCCCCGGGCGAGGGCCGGGUGCUGGAGGAGUGUCCUCUGUGCCUGCUGCCCCAGCCCCCCGAGGCCUUUCCCACGCUGGCCUGCUGCGCCCACCGCUCGUGCCGGGCCUGCCUGGAGCAGUACCUGCGCCUGGCCGUCAGCGAGAGCCGCGUGCUGGUGUCGUGCCCGCACUGCCCCGCCGCGCUCCCCACCGCCGACGUGCGCCGGCUGCUGCCCGAGCCCGCCCUCCGCGACAAGUACGAGGAGUUCCUGCUGCGGCGGCUGCUGGUGGCCGACCCCGGCACCCGGUGGUGCCCCGCGCCCGACUGCAGCUACGCUGUCCUCGCCCACGGCUGUGCCGAGUGUCCCCGCCUCACCUGUGGGCGCGAAGGCUGUGGCACCGAGUUCUGCUACCACUGCCGGCAGCCCUGGCACCCUGAUGGCCCCUGUGUGCCAGCACCACUGGCCACCCCCACAGCACAGCUGGCACAACCUGAGGACUCAGCCCACGCUGAGGCUGAGGACAUCAAGCUCUGUCCGCGCUGCAGCGCCUUCAUCAUGAAGAUCAACGACGGGAGCUGCAACCGCAUGAACUGCACGGUCUGCGGGUGCCUCUUCUGCUGGCUCUGCCUGCGGGAGAUCUCCGACGUGCACUUCCUGAGCCCCUCUGGCUGUACUUUCUGGGGGAAGAGGCGGUGGUCGCGGACCCGGAGGAUCCUGUGGCAGCUGGGCAUGGUGCUGGGUGCACCCAUGGUCAUCUCCCUCGUCGCGGGCGUUGCUGUCCCUGUCAUUACCAUUGGGAUCCCCAUCUACAUGGGUAGGAAGGUGCUGGGCCAGAGCCGGCGGAGCAGCCUGUCAGGGUGCCAGCAGUGCCUCUCUGUCACCAGCAGCGUCCUUCUCUCUCUCUUUGUGUCCCCCAUCAUAACAGCCAUCACCGUGGGUGUUGGUGUGCCCCUGAUGCUCACCUACGUAUACGGGACCGUGGUGCUCUCGCUGUGCCGGAGCCGCUGGGGCUGUGGGGGUGGCCGCACACCUGGAGACAUUGGUGUGGUAGAGCUGGAGAACCUGGCCAAGCUGAAUGAGCUGUGGUCGGUGCUGCCCAGCCCCAGGCCAGGUGAGGACGGAGCCCCAGACCCCACAGCCUCCCUCCCCAGCAGCAGCCACAGCCAGCGCCCCAGGCUGGCAUGGGACAGCCAGUCGGCCAGCACGGUGGCACUGGCGGGGAGCAUGCUGAGCGAGGGCCAGGACGCCUCCGACAGGGAAGGCGUCACCAUCGAGGUGGAGGUGUCGGUUGAAGCGGUGCCGCGUCCUGCCCGGCAGCAGAGCCUGAGCAGCGCCCUGUCUGGGCAGAGUCUCUCUGGGGACUCCCUGGGAGCCACCAGUGACAGGGGUAGUUCUGUGGGUGUCCCUGUGGAGUGAGAGGGCUGGGGAAGAGCCUCGAUCCACACACAAGCCCGAUGCCCUCCUGUGGCAGAGCCAGUCCUCCUCUGUGGGCACUCCCAGCCCCAAGAGCUGGGUCCUGGGUGGAUGUGGACCACAUCCUGCACUUCUGCGCCAGCCCCAACCACCCCAUCCCCAGAGGCACCACUGGGAAAUAAAGCUGCUUUCCAAGAGUC